AUGCUUCCCUGUCUCAUCCCCUCUCCCCCUCCCUCCGCAGGCUACCUGACAGUGAACAUUGAGCCCCUUCCUCCUGUGGUGGCUGGGGAUGCAGUGACCCUGAAGUGCAACUUCAAGACAGACGGCCGCAUGCGUGAGAUCGUGUGGUACCGGGUGACAGAUGGUGGCACCAUCAAGCAGAAGAUCUUCACCUUUGAUGCCAUGUUCUCCACCAACUACUCACACAUGGAGAACUACCGCAAGCGGGAGGAUCUCGUGUACCAGUCCACUGUGAGGCUGCCUGAGGUCCGGAUCUCAGACAACGGUCCCUAUGAAUGCCACGUGGGUAUCUAUGACAGAGCCACCAGGGAGAAGGUGGUCCUCGCCUCAGGCAACAUCUUCCUCAAUGUCAUGGCUCCUCCCACCUCCAUCGAAGUUGUGGCUGCUGACUCACCUGCCCCCUUCAGUCGGUACCAGGCCCAGAACUUCACACUGGUCUGCAUCGUAUCAGGAGGGAAGCCAGCACCCAUGGUUUAUUUCAAACGGGAUGGGGAGCUGAUCGAUGCAGUACCCCUGUCAGAACUGCCAGCAGCCAGCUCCGGCCCCCUCCAAGACAGCAGGCCCUUCCGCGGCCUUCUGCAUCGAGAUGUGGACGACACCAAAAUGCAAAAGUCACUGUCCCUCCUAGACACUGAAUACCGGGCUGGACGUCCCUACACGGAGCGCCCCUCACACACUCUCACCCAGGACCCCAGCCUUUUCGUGCAGCCCACCACGGAAAACAUCCCAGAGACAGUAGUGAGCCGCGAGUUCCCCCGUUGGGUACACAGCGCAGAACCCGUCUACUUCCUGCGCCACAGCCGCACUCCAGGCAGCGAUGGCACGGUGGAGGUGCGGGCCCUGCUCACCUGGACCCUCAACCCGCAGAUCGACAAUGAGGCCCUCUUCAGCUGUGAGGUCAAACACCCAGCGCUGUCCAUGCCCAUGCAGGCAGAGGUCACGCUAGUUGCUCCCAAAGGACCCAAAAUCAUGAUGACGCCCAGCAGAGCCCGGGUUGGGGACACAGUGAGGAUUCUAGUCCACGGAUUUCAGAAUGAAGUCUUCCCAGAACCCAUGUUCACGUGGACGAGAGUGGGCAGCCGCCUCCUGGACGGCAGCGCUGAGUUUGAUGGGAAGGAACUGGUGCUGGAGCGGGUUCCUGCUGAGCUCAAUGGCUCCAUGUAUCGCUGCACUGCCCAGAAUCCACUGGGCUCCACCGAUACACAUACUCGGCUCAUCGUGUUUGAAAACCCAAAUAUCCCAAGAGGAACAGAGGACUCCAGUGGUUCUGCUUCUGGCCUCGCUGGCGUCCGGCUCACCCUGGUGCUUGCCCUGACAGUGGUCCUGGAGCUCACGUGA